AAAGCGAAAAAGAGAGAGAGAAAAGGAGAGAGAGAGAGAGAGUGAGAGCGAGAGAGAAAAGAAAUAGGAUAAACGUAGCUCAAGUGAUAUUUACGCAAAAAUUUAAAAAAAAAAAAAAAUAAAUAAAUAUUCAACUAAAAACAUAACUAAGAAUUGUGUUAAAAAAUUCCUCAAAAUGAAUUUUUCGAAAUCAAAAGCAAGCCGUAGUCUUUAAGUGAAUAACUACUAUAUAUAUAUAUAUAUAUAUAUAUGUAUAUAUAUAUAUAAAUAUAUAUGUACAUCAAGUGCAAAAGAUUUUUGACUCUAUAAACAAUUUACGAUCAUACGAAACAACGAAUCUUUCAGUUUUCAUAUUAUAAUCAACCAUCAAAAUGAGUAAUGAUCAAACACCAACACCCAAUGAUGAAAAAGUUGCCAAACAUCAAGUUGUUGCCUACACACAAAAAUCCCAAAUUAAACAUGAGAAUCGCCAUAUACAACUGGUGCGUGAAUAUGGUUUUCAUCCACGCACUAAAGCCACCGUGGAAGAUGGCGACGUUCUACCAAAAAAAUUCGAACCAUUCCCAGAAAACAUGUACGGAAAGCCGCUGGAAGAAAUCGAUACUUUUAUCUACGAAGAGACAUUUUGUGUGGUUUCAAAGCGUUUUCGCAAAAAUUACAUACAUCGUUUUACAGGCACAAAAAGUUUAUUCCUAUUCCAUCCGUGGAGUGCUCCACGUCGUGUCUGCGUUUAUAUAGCAACGAAUCAGUAUUUCGAUUAUUGCGUUAUGGCCACUAUAUUAUUUAAUUGCAUUUUUUUAGCAAUGACCGAAACGGUUGAAGAAGCGGAAUACAUCUUCCUAGCCAUUUACAGCAUAGAGAUGGUAAUAAAAAUCAUUGCCAAAGGUUUUCUACUCAACAAAUAUACCUAUCUACGUAAUCCGUGGAAUUGGUUGGAUUUUGUGGUAAUUACCAGCGGUUAUGCAACUAUUGGGAUGGAAGUGGGCAAUUUGGCGGGAUUACGAACGUUUCGUGUACUAAGAGCUUUAAAGACUGUUUCAAUAAUGCCGGGUCUUAAGACCAUCAUCAAUGCAUUGCUGCAUUCGUUUCGCCAGUUGGCUGAAGUUAUGACUUUGACCAUAUUUUGCCUUAUGGUUUUUGCACUUUUUGCUCUACAGGUUUACAUGGGUGAACUGAGAAACAAAUGUGUUAGAAAUUUACCAGACGAUUGGGUGAACACAACAGACGGAGAAUGGAAAUUAUGGAUAAACGACACCGACAAUUGGUUGUACGAUGAUGAAGAGUUGCCCAUGCUAUGUGGUAAUAUAACCGGUGCUCGACAUUGUCCGGAAGAUUUUACCUGUUUAUGCGUGGGCGAGAAUCCCAAUCAUGGAUAUACCAAUUUCGAUAAUUUCAUGUGGUCCAUGUUAACAACAUUUCAAUUGAUAACCUUGGACUAUUGGGAGAAUGUCUAUAACAUGGUUUUAGCCACUUCCGGGCCAAUGUCUGUCUCCUUUUUCACGGUGGUUGUGUUCUUUGGCUCGUUCUACUUAAUUAAUCUCAUGUUAGCCGUAGUCGCUCUCAGUUACGAAGAGGAGGCCGAAAUAACGAAUGAGGAACGUAAAAAAGACUUGUUGGAUCAUCGUGAUGAUUCGACUUUUAGCUUCGACCCGUCCGUUUUAAAUGUGAAAAAGCUAAAUAAAAACAAUAAAAAGAAAAUUGAUUCACGUAAAGGUGUUCUAUUGGCCUCCUAUAGUAAAAAGAAAACACGUCGGAAAAAGAUUAAAGGAUCCGCAGGAGGUGGUAAGGAUGUUGGAAAUAGUAGUAAUCACGAAAGCAAUGGCAAUGAAACGCCUACAAAGAAUCAUUCGAGUGCGUCUAGUCCUAGCCAUAGUCCUCGGCAUAGUUCUACCGAACGGCCGACCGAUUUAGCUUUAAAUUUACCGCAGAAGCAGAACCAGCAGCAACAGCGGCAGCAGCAAAAGAAUUCCGAUCUCGUACGAAAAGAUGGGACGCAGCAGAAGCAAACACGUAUUUGUUUUCAAGAUGAGACGCAAAAAAGUUCCAAUAUGUUGCAACCGCCAACGGGUGGAGCUUAUAGAGGCCAAUUGCAGCUGAGCAGUCGUCAAGCUAGUUCUAAUUCUAGUGUGGGCGGUGGUGUGAAUCGUGAGUCUUCGCAAGAUGAUUCGGGCGUGGUAGACGAUCAUGAAGAGCAGGACAUAACUGGAUCCGAAAUGGUUCAUGUUUCUACGGUGGAGUUACAAAAUGAGCUGACACCGGUUACGUUGGCUUUGUCGCCGCGGGAAGUGCGCCUUAUAAAAUGCAAUGGCAACAUUGCUAGGAUUAAAAAGCAUAAUAUUUAUGCUUUACAUCCGGAAUAUUCAUCAGAAAUUGUUGUGAUCGACGAUCUGCCUGAUCGCAACUGCGAUAGAUGCGUUCAAUGUUGUAUCGAUUAUGAGGGUUGGCUACAGUUCCAGAACUGCCUUUAUAAGGUUGUGCGUGAUCCAUUAUUCGAAUUAGCCAUAACACUAUGUAUUGUUUUGAAUACAGCUUUUCUGGCCAUGGAGCAUCACGGCAUGAGUGAAAACUUUCGUAAUGCGCUCGAUGUAGGGAAUAAGGUCUUCACCUCUAUAUUCACUUUUGAGUGCAUUGUAAAGCUAAUGGCUUUGUCUAAAGAUUUUUUCUUAUGCGGUUGGAAUAUAUUCGAUUUGAUUAUUGUUACAGCUUCUUUGCUGGAUAUAAUAUUUGAAUUAGUUGACGGUCUAAGUGUUCUAAGAGGCUUAAGAUUGCUACGGGUAUUAAAAUUGGCUCAGUCUUGGACGACUAUGAAGGUAUUGUUAAGCAUUAUUAUAUCAACGAUUGGAGCACUGGGUAAUCUGACGUUGAUAUUGGUGAUUGUGAUUUACAUAUUUGCCGUGAUUGGUAUGCAAUUGUUUUCUAAAGACUAUACACCCGAUAAAUUUGAGCCGGAUCCAGUGCCAAGAUGGAAUUUUAAUGAUUUCUUCCAUUCGUUUAUGAUGAUUUUUCGUAUACUAUGCGGUGAAUGGAUCGAGCCUCUAUGGGAUUGCAUGAGAGCGGAAGAAGAGCAAGGCGCCUCUUCUUGUUUCGCCAUCUUUCUGCCCACACUAGUUAUGGGCAACUUUAUGGUUUUGAAUUUGUUCUUGGCGUUGUUGCUCAACAGUUUCAAUUCGGAAGAAUUGAAGUCGAAGAAAGAGAUAUUCAAAAAAAAGGAAGUGGGGGAGGAGUCGAAGUUGACGCGUAGCAUCGAAAGGGUAAGAGAUUUGAUACGAAAAAAGCGGCAAGAACGUAAAGAACGCAAAGAGCGUGAAUAUGCUGAAAAGUUUCAUCAAAUUGUUAUUGAAGCUCAGCAAGCGGCCGCAGUGGCAGUCGAUAAACCGAGUUUGGUAACGGAAACGAAAUUUCAUAGACUAAGCUAUCAGGAGUCUAUGAAUCGUCCAGUCUCUGGUUCAGAUUUCGGUUAUCAAAUUCCUCUUAAGGGCAGCUUACAUACCAUAGUUGAUGGUGUGGAAACUGAAGAUGAUCGAAAAUCUUAUACCUCGCAGCAAUUAUCGUCGCAUUUAACGCAAACAUCUCAUACGCCUCAACAUCAGCAGCCGGCCCUGCAGUUGCUUUAUCAGCAACAACAUCCUACUAAGCCAUCUUCGUUUGAUGGCACAGUUUCCAGCUCCUGCCAAUUAGACAAUAACAGCCUAAAUCCUCAGGCUGAGCGUCGUUUAUUACAUCAAAUGUCUUCCGGUUUUGGUACACAGCCAAAUGAUUCGCGCGAUGAACCCACAACAUAUACCGAAUCCAUCGAAUUACGUUUAAUGGGUCAAUUCAAUUCGACCGAUACUGAUCCAUUCGCGACUACAACGGAUCAACGUAGUGGCUCAUUUAUGCGUGCCGAUUCUUUGCCAGAGAGUGCAAUGCGUCGUCCAUGCAGUGAAGAGCACGAUGAAGCCUAUUUGCGUUACCAGAAAUCGCUGUUGACCCGUUCACCCAGUUAUCGUAAAUCAUUGGAUCGUUUAUCACAAUCAAGCGAUCAAUCACAACGAUCACUGAUACCUUCACGCAGCCUUAGGUCAGAUGAUGAUUUACAUUUGAGCGUGAGACGUGAACCGAGCGGCCAAUCAAUUAACACAAUAUCCAUCGAACAUGAAGAGCUACUAUCGAAUCAGGCCAAUUUACGCGAUGAGUUACUAAAUUGUGAUCAAAAGGAACUUUUCCAAUUUCUACAAGAUGAGAUAGAUAAUGGAAACAAUUAUUGUAGCGAUAACACUGGAGCCGUUGAAGCAGAUACUGAUUCGCUAUUAAUCGUGGAAGGAAAACGUGAGGAUCGUAAACCCUCGUCUAGCAGCAUUAAAUCGAAUUUAAGUUACCUUUCAAAUUCCAUCUUACAAACUAUCGAAUCGCGUCGUAACGGUAGUCAUUCUAGUAACGGUCAAGACAACGAUAGCCUGCCAUUAGUCGAGCAUUCAGAAUUUGAUAACAUAAUACAGAGCUUUGAGAAAGAAUUAGAAGAAAUUAAGAAGUCUACUACCUCGCUAGAAAGGCGGCUGUCCACGCUUUCGGAACCAUCACCGGCAGCCGAUGAGGCUAACAAAGCCAUUUUGGAGCAUAUUGCUGUCAUAACUGGAGCUUCCGAACGUACGGCAGCUGAUGAGGUUGUGCACAUUCUGAAUCCUUAUGAUAGUUACGAUUUAUCUACUGUACCGCGACGUCAACAAACUUUACCGGCCACAACACACAGCACAGCGACAAGUCUUAUUUCGGUCAAGUCGAAGCGACGUAGUUUAGAAAAGCAACGCAAAAUUGAUGAGGACUUUAGUAUCUCGAAUGAAAUACGGAAAAUUUGUGAUCAGAUACAUGCACCAUUCGUGGAGAGUAUGGCUGUGGCGGCUACAGCUGCAUCCGGCGCUCAAUCACCUUUUAUGAAGCGUAAAAGUGAUUUGUUUAGCGCUCAAGUAGAUCGUUUUAAGCGCAUGUCGUUAAUAGAACGAGUGGAAGAGUUGCCGGAAGAGGAGAAACCAAUAUCGACAUUGCGGAUGGAAUCGGAAAAACUGCCAAGAAAAUGUCUAGCACCCGAAGCGAUUAAAGUAGACAGUCUGUCGUUGAAAAGUACGAAUUCCUACGAAAAUUUGUUGAUAUCAAAGCAAUUGAAUCGUGCUAAGCGACAGGACAGUUCGACAUCGUCGUCGGCUGCAGUGCCACCUACACCACCUACAUCGCUUAAAUCGACUAUUGAACCACCCACACUUACUCAAAUGUCUUCAUUAAAAGCCACACCACCCCUGACUGCCUUGACUGAACACCAGCAACACUAUCAUGCCACUACGGCACAGACGCAAGCAACACCAAUCCUAUCUAAGAAAGAAACUGAGUCGGCUAAACAGCGGAGACCUGCCAAACGCGGCGAGCAUCCACAAUCGAAAUUAGACAAAGCCUCUUCCUUUCAGUCAGCACGCACCGAAUCCCAUAGCUCUGGGGCCACGGAAGCAACAUCAUAUCUGGCACUAGCCACCACAGAUGCGGCUUCAGCACAAAUGGGCAGUGGUAGCGGGCAAGAGGGCGCCGCUGGUGAUGCUCUCCAGUCGCAGAAGUCAACAUUCUCACGACUGACUGAAAAACCAUGGCAUUGUCUGGUCUCCUACGUAGACGAUCUCACUGUCGGUGGGAGACGUAAUUCGCAGGGAGCAUACAAUGAUCCCAUGACUUUUCCAAGUUUCGGCCACAAUAAGCCACCCAAAGUGCCAGACGAUUGUUUCCCUCAAAAAUGUUACGAUCAUUUUUACUUUCGUUGCCCGUGGUUUAUGGCCUGCAUGGAUACUAAAGGCGCCAAGAAUUGGACUAAAGUGAGAACGGCUGUCUUAACUGUUGUGGAUACUCCAGCUUUUGAGUGGUUUGUGCUAGUUUUAAUAUUCGCCUCCAGUAUCACGCUAUGCUUUGAGGACAUUUAUCUGGACAGCAACAAAUCAUUAAAACGUAUUCUAUAUUGGACCAAUUUCUCCUUCUGUUUAAUAUUCGUAGUCGAAAUGGUCUUAAAAUGGUUGGCAUUGGGGUUUUCCAAGUACUUCACCAGUUUUUGGACAAUAUUGGAUUUUAUUAUAGUUUUUGUGUCCGUGUUCUCUUUACUGAUAGAAGAGAAUGAAAAUUUAAAAGUGUUGCGUUCUCUAAGAACCUUAAGAGCUUUGAGACCAUUAAGGGCCAUCUCAAGGUGGCAAGGAAUGCGAAUUGUAGUAAAUGCUCUCAUGUAUGCAAUACCAUCAAUAUUCAAUGUACUUUUAGUUUGUUUAGUAUUUUGGUUGAUUUUUUCCAUAAUGGGUGUACAAUUUUUCGGUGGUAAAUUUUUCAAAUGCCUUGACAAUGAAGGAGAAUUGCUGCCAAUAACGGAAGUGAACGAUAAAUGGGAUUGCAUUGAGCAAAAUUAUAGUUGGAUCAAUUCCAAAAUAACAUUCGAUCACGUAGGUAUGGGUUAUUUAGCUUUACUUCAAGUGGCCACUUUCGAAGGCUGGAUGGAGGUGAUGGCCGAUGCGGUUGAUGCUCGUGGCGUUGACUUGCAACCGCAACGUGAAGCGAACCUUUAUGCUUACAUCUACUUUGUCAUCUUCAUAGUGUGCGGCUCAUUCUUUACUCUUAAUCUAUUUAUCGGAGUUAUCAUUGAUAACUUCAAUAUGCUCAAGAAGAAGUAUGAAGGAGGAGUGUUGGAAAUGUUUCUCACCGAAUCUCAAAAACACUAUUACACCGCCAUGAAAAAGUUGGGACGAAAAAAACCACAGAAAGUCAUUAAGCGACCAAUAAAUCAUUUUUUAGCUAUGUUUUACGAUUUAUCUAAUUCAAGAAGAUUUGAAAUCGCAAUAUUUGUACUGAUUUUUUUAAAUAUGUUAACUAUGGGCAUUGAGCACUACGAUCAACCGCAUGCAGUAUUUUUUAUACUCGAAGUAAGCAAUGCAUUCUUUACUACCGUUUUCGGUUUGGAGGCCAUAGUGAAAAUUAUAGGUUUACGUUAUCAUUACUUCACCGUACCUUGGAAUGUUUUUGAUUUUUUACUGGUAUUAGCUUCAAUAUUUGGUAUUCUCAUGGAGGAUGUAAUGAUUGAUUUACCGAUCAGUCCAACAUUGCUGAGAGUGGUGCGGGUUUUUCGCAUUGGACGUAUAUUGCGUUUGAUUAAAGCGGCCAAAGGUAUACGUAAGCUGUUAUUCGCUUUGGUUGUAUCACUGCCGGCCCUAUUCAAUAUAGGCGCUUUGCUGGGCUUAAUUACAUUUAUUUAUGCCAUUUUGGGCAUGUCGCUGUUCGGCCAUGUGAAACUGCAAGGCGCCCUCGAUGAUAUGGUUAAUUUUCAAACUUUUGGUCGUAGCAUGCAAUUGUUAUUUCGUCUUAUGACUUCUGCCGGCUGGAAUGAUGUACUUGAAUCAUUGAUGAUACAACCGCCAGAUUGUGAUCCACAUUUUAAUCGUCAAACGAAUGGUGAUUGCGGUCAUCCUCUCCUUGCCAUUACCUAUUUCACUAGUUUCAUUAUCAUCAGUUAUAUGAUUGUGAUUAAUAUGUAUAUAGCAAUUAUUUUGGAGAAUUUUAAUCAGGCUCAUCAAGAAGAAGAAAUCGGUAUUGUUGAAGAUGAUUUGGAAAUGUUCUAUAUAAGAUGGUCAAAAUAUGAUCCUCACGCCACUCAAUUUAUACAUUUUGGUCAACUUUCGGAUUUUAUAGCCUCCUUAGAUCCGCCAUUAGGUAUUGGUAAGCCUAAUACCGUGGCUUUGGUAUCUUUUAAUUUACCGAUAAGUCGAGGUAAUAAAAUACAUUGCCUGGAUAUAUUGCACGCUUUGGUGAAACAUGUUUUGGGUCAUGUCGAGGAGACGGAUAACUUCAAGCAACUACAAGAACAAAUGGAUGUGAAAUUUAAGAAACAAUUUCCAACACGUAAAGAAUUGGAAAUUGUGUCUUCGACUCGGAUAUGGAAGAGGCAAGAAAAGGCCGCCAAAACUAUACAAAAUGCGUGGAGAGACUAUCAAAGGAAGAAAAAGGAGAAAGAACGGUCGAACUCAGGGGAUAGUGCUCAAACAUCAAGUCCUGGCGGCUGGCAUGCCCGCUUGUCUUCAUUGAAUUUCUUUCAUUUACAGGUUUCACGUCGCGGCACUCAAUGUUCUAGUCGGGCGUCUUCGCGUAAAUCUUCUCGUGCGUCAGACGCUUCCGAUAUCAGUGAGCUGGCGGGACCAUGGCUUAAUUUACCUUUAAUGAUGGUUUCUGGUGCCGACGAUGUUGUCAGAGAUAUUAAACAACAAAAUGAAGAACUGGGAAAGCGUCCUAUUUUUAGAAUUUCCUCUUGUUUAUCCCUAACCUAUGAGUCCCUACUCAACGAAAUGGUUAACAACAUAAUAUGCAGUGGUUCCCAUGCAAGUGAUUUGAAUUUAUUAACAAAUUUCCAAGAUUGUACACGAGCCGCUAUAGCAUCCGCAACUCCUUUAGCAACUAGUACGGCAACAAUUGAUAACAAUGUACUGGAGCAACAACAGCAAAUAGCGCCAACGCCUACACGAAAACGCGCCACAAGUUUUAUACGCAAAAAACCGCCCCUAGAGCGAGGUUUAUCAGCACAAAGCGCUUUAAGAGUUAACAAAAAUGCUUUUGUCUCUGAAGGGCCCACUCCCGAAGUAAUCGUCACGAAGCCAUCACCGGAACAAACUAUUAUAUCGUUGGGAUUGCGACCAGAUAACUCGACGCUGGUUCACGUUUUGGUUCAUCGUGAGAGCGAAGAAUACAAAGAAGAGGACGAAGACAAUGAGAGAGAUAUAGCAUCACCGGCAUCGAAUGGAAUGGACAAACCCAAACCACCACAAAUACGCAUUAGUCCUGGCGCAAGUGAUAUCCAUUUAGCUGAUUUCACGGCUGACAAGCAACCGAUAGUGCAGAUAAUGGUAGAGUCGCCCAAAGAGCCGCCACGUGGUGACUUUUCAGCCGUAUGCGAAGAAAAGCCAAUUCCCGUUACGGAACCGAUUGAUGUGAAUGUUCAGGGAGAUACCUCAAAGGUAUUCUACGAUUACCAUCCUGACGAUAUUAAUGAGAUUGUUGUGUUGGAGACGCUUACCGAGGAAUCGCCCAAAUUGGAUGAUCAUGCUUUACCAGCACUGCCAGAUAUACCUAGGUCUGCCUCCGUCACUGCAGAUAUUAUCGAAUUGACUACAAUGAUUACAACAACAACAACGACAACAACAACUGCAGCGACGUCGCCAAUUGAAGAGAAACGCUUAAAGAGUCUUAUAAGUGAGUCGUCAUCGUCAACUGCAACGGCAUCAAGAGAUCAUACAUCGUGUGACGAUGACGAUGACGAUGACGAUAUUGAUGACAUCGAUGAGAAUAGAUGACCUUCAAUACCAACAGCACCGGUGACAGAGAGCUCAACAUCAAGUUCCACCAGUUGCUGUAGUUCACGAUCCAUUUCCUCGUACAGUUCCACGACCGAUAUUGAUAACGAUAAUGAUAACGAUAGCGAUAACGAUAGCGAUAAUAACGAUGAUAAUGGGGAUCAUUUAACUAAAUCGUUUCAACAGGAUCUCAGUUGACAAAAACAUUCCAUCUGAGUAAUUGGGUUUUCUGUCGUGCAACACCUCAAAUGGUUGAUUUUCAUGUAAAUUUUCACGAAAGCAAAAAAGAAAAACAAAACAAGGCAAUAAACAACAUAACAGUAUUCUUGUAAGCAGCGGUUAAAGGAGAAAUAAUAGAAAGAAAGAAAUUUUGAAAAAAAAAAAACCGAAAAA